GUAGUUCGACAGGUAAGUCUCUGAAGUAAAGGAAAGGUUAGACCAAAUUUUUGCAAAAAUUACUUCAGAUGAGUUUAUUCGACGUGGUUAACGUCUAGGGGGAAGUUUUAAUUUUCAAUCUCUGGAAGAAGACUGAUUUUAUUCAAGUGAAUUUCAUCUGACUACCAACUCAGGAUCUGGACGAAUGGUUGAAAUAGCAGAAGCUUUAGGGUAAGAAUCAUGCCGAGGAAAUUACCGCCUUUGGUGCUUGUGGGACGUCUUUUUAGCUUACUCUUCAUGGCCAAUCGUUCAGUUAUUUCCAGGUGUCCAGAACCCUGCACUAAACCUCUGGGAAUCUCAGAUGGUCGAAUUCGAGAUGAUCAAAUGUCUGCUUCGAGCACUUACGGCGACUUAUUUGAAAUCUUUGGAGCACACCGAGCAAGACUAAACUUAACAAGCUGGCCUCCUGGAUACAGGGCCAAUGUCGAUGCACUCGGGGAUUUUACGUGGAUAAAGAUCACGCUGGACCAAGACAUGGUGAUAACAGGCAUUGCCACUCAGGGCUACGGCAAUACAUCUUUUAGCGAAUGGGUCUCUAACUACCUAAUCUUUUACGAGAAGAAAGGGGCUGAGGUAACAGCACCAUGUGCAAAUACAGAUGGCGAAGUAAUGGGGAUGUGUAAUGGAAAUGUCGACUCAACUUCAAUCCGAUACCAUAAUCUUGCUACUCCUGUAGUGACAAAAAGCGUCUUAGUCAACCCACUGACAUGGAAGGAUAAUAUCGGUCUUCGCAUGGAGCUGUAUGGAUGUGAGCCAGAAUUCCAUUUCGUGGCUGUGAUCACCAUACAGAAAACGCGUUUCAAACUCGACUACGCCAACUCCACAACCGGGAGCUACCUUAGCAUGAGAGACGACGUGAUUGCGGAGGUAACAGACUUGUUGGAUGAAGUUUCUGGGUUUCUCUUCGCUAAAUUGCGGACUCUGAGUCCACAAGCAGUCCACAAGAAACCUGUUAUGGCUGCAGAAGUUCAAAUUUAUUGCAUUGAGUCGAGAAAGGCUGCAGUAGCUCAAGAGCUGAAUAAUAGCGUACAGAAUGGUUUUUCCUCAAUUCUUGGCGAAUUUCUUUACCUUGAGGAACUUUUUAACUGUGAGUGCGACGUUCCUUCCGUUAAAGUCGAGCUAGGAAAAACCUUGAAAAAUGCUACGAUUAUUUACACAAACUCUCGUUUUCUUCUUAAAGCGACUUAUAAUGGAAAUUGUAAAGAUGAUAACUAUGGUGGCUACGAACUACAUUGGGAGGUGUCCAAAUGCGAAGAAAGUACUGGCCUAUGUAAUCAGAUUAUUCCUUACGGAAAGAAUAAACCUGGUAGACCCAAAUACCUUUUCCCAAGGCUGUUUGGGGCUAGUUACAUGUAUAUUCGGUGUGUCCUGAAAAAUCACUCUCAGCAAACCAUAACUUACGAUUAUGGGUAUGCUCGUAUCACACUUCCGCCACUUGUCGCAGUCAUCGAGGGGCUGUCUAGUGUUCUUAAAGGCAAUGAAAGUGUUGUGAGAUUGGAUGGAUCGGCGAGUUAUGACCCAGAAGUAAAACACAAAAAUUCAGAAGGCCUCUCAUUUACCUGGUAUUGCCGAAGAGAAGGUGCGGGGCAAGAUGAUAAGGGUACCAUUUGGACUGUCUCACCAAAGGAAGUUCGUGUUUGUCAUGGGACUGAGUUCAGGCAUUUGAACAAUUCCUUGGCCACUCUCACUCUAGAUUUGGGUAAAUUAAGUGGAAAUAACGCAUACGUCUUCGAACUUCUGGUCCAGAAGGGAGAUAGAUCAACUCGAACGAUUCAUAAGCUACAAGUUGAGCCACCGUUUAAGCUCUUUAUCGGGUAUCAGACCAGGUCAGGGUUUUUAGUGAUAAACAGUGGUCCAAAGUCCUAUGCCAUCGCACAGCUGCCACUUGGAAACAUAACAUUAGAGGCCAGAGUAUCAGACUUCAUGGGUGCCUCCGCAAUUGAACGAUUUCAGGUGCAGGUGAAACCAAUACCUCCAAAAGAUAUUUUCAAACUUGUGGAAACGUCGACAAGCGAUGGGAACAGCUCACUCCGAGGGAUUAUAAAUAAAGAAAACGUUGAUGAGGCUGCACAGAUGGCAUAUUCAAUAGUGACGGCAGUAGAGGAAGCCAAUAUGGCCAUUGAAGAUAAACAAAGGGUAAAGGAAGCAGUGCUCGAACAGAUUUCGGUUGUGGAGAUUAGCUCAAUGCAACAGGUAACUCAACUAUCAGCUGUUGUUGUCGUAACGACGGAGGGAGAAAAAGACAUGAGACUUACAGCUCAGGUAUGA